CCUCGCGUCCUCUUCAUGUCGCCAUGGCAACGCGGGGCCCGGGCCGGCCCGGAUUGGUCGGCUCCCGCGCGCGCGGGGUCUGCUGGGAGAGCACGUCCUCGCCGCAGCUCGGCCCGUUUGAACUUGGCGGGCCUAAUGCGGGCUGUGGGGCGCUGGCGUGUUGCUUCUCCUCCUCCCGGCAUCCGGUUCUCCGCGGACUACAGGCCCGAGUCGCAGUCCUCCUUGGCCUCCUUCUCCGUCCUCAUGACGCGCUCCGACGGGCAGGGGCUGGGGAUGGUGACGACGUCUAACUGUUCGUCGCCGCCGCCUGAGAGCUGCAGCGAUUCCACCAUGUCACUAUUGUCUCCCCUCGGCCACCACAGCUUCACGUUUGACGAGGACCACGGUGAGCGUGAGGAUGAGGAAGACGUGGACGAAGAUGCCUAUGACUCAGAGGCCGAGGUGUUGAGCCUGAGAGGAACAGAGUUACAGGGGUGCGCCAGCAGUAAAGUUGAAUCCGAAGAUAAUCAAGAAGAACAGAAACAGGUGCCCUUACCAGAAAGCAGCCUGACACCAUGGGAGGUGUGGUUUGUUGGCAAAGAAAAAGAAGAACGUGACCGGCUGCAACAGAAAGCUCUAGAGGAAUUAAAUCAACAACUAGAAAAAAGAAAAGAAAUGGAAGAACGUGAAAAAAGAAAGAUAAUUGCUGAAGAAAAGCACAAGGAAUGGGUCCAGAAAAAGAAUGAACAGAAAAGGAAAGAAAGAGAACAAAAAAUGAAUAAAGAAAUGGAGGAAAAAGCAGCAAAGGAACUGGAGAAAGAACAUUUGCAAGAAAAAGCAAAAGAAAAAUAUCAAGAAUGGUUAAAGAAAAAACUUGCUGAAGAAUGUGAGAAGAAGAAGAAAGAAAAGGAAAAAGAAAAACAACGGCAAGCCGAAUUACAGGAGAAAAAGGAAAUUGCCGAAAAAAAAUUUAAGGAAUGGUUGGAAAAUGCAAAAAGUAAACCUCGUCCAUCUGUAAAGAGCUAUGGUUAUGCCAAUGGAAAACUUACAGGUUUUUACAGUGGAAAUUCCUAUCCAGAACCAGCAUUUUAUAAUCCAAUUCCAUGGAAACCAAUUCAUAUACCACCUCCCAAAGAAGCUAAGGAUGUAUCAGGAAAGAAGAGUAAAAGACCUGUGAUAAGUCAGGCACACAGGUCAUCAUCUCUGGUAAUUCAUAAAGCCAGAAGCAAUCUUUGCCUUGGAACUCUGUGCAAAAUGGAAAGAUAGUAUGUAUGGGAAAUACUGUGCUUUUACCGAAAGCUAUUUAAGUUUGAAAUCAAACAUUUUUUUACCUCUCAAUCAGCAAUAUAGUAUUUGGUGUGAAUUAUUGACAUACUAUUUUUUGUAUUUUAUAUGGAGUCUUUAGGGUUAAUUGAGAAAGGUAUUUUUUACAUUUUGGCUUUUCUUUUAAGAUUGAUCUUGGCAUAUUGUUUUGCAUGAUAAGUGAAUGAAUAUCUAACAAUUGUGCUUAUGUUUAGUUUGUAUUAAAACUACACUGUAAUACUCAUAAAAUCAAAGUUUUUUCCUGCAUUAUUUCAUACUCUAUAUUGUUUGCUGAUGUUUGCUGAUGUUUAAGAACAUAAUAACAUUAAGAUUAAUUUGUCCAAACAAGCAUUUUUAGACUGCAUGCUUUUCUAAAUGGGUUAGAAACCAAGAGUAAUCAAAAACAGUCUUUUUUGAUGGCUUUUGGUGUACUUUUCCUAUUUAGAUAUUUUAAAAACAACUCAGUAAGUUUAUUUUGUUACACAGAAAUCAAGAGUUGGGAUUUUCAACGGAAAACCUAAAUACAUUGUUUUGUGCUCUGCAUCUUAGAUUGAUGUGUCAUAAUCUUAAUACUUAGUAAUAUUGUGCUUUAUUUUGUAAAAAUUCUUAUACAUUAAUUGUAAUUCUUUGCUAGCUUUGAAAUUAGGAUUAUCAGUGCAUUAUUUUUAAUUUUGAAAUGUUAAAUGUUAAGUUGUAUGUUACUGAGGUUGAAAUCACAGAUCUUAUUAAUAAACACAUUUUAAGGA